CGAUUCAGCCUCGUCCUGCACAAUCGAUCCCGUUGCAGGGACAACCAACAAGCCGAUGUUGUUGAAACGCACACAGUGAAAACGCUGACACGAUGGAUUUUAAUGUCAAGAAACUAGCGUCGGAUGCAGGUGUCUUCUUCACUCGUGCUGUUCAGUACACAGAGGAGAAGCUUGGCCAGGCAGAAAAGACUGAGCUAGAUGGCCACCUGGAGAACCUGAUUGCUCGAGCGGACUGCACCAAAAACUGGACUGAAAAGAUCUUCAGACAGACCGAGGUGCUGCUUCAACCCAACCCAAGUGCCCGUAUUGAAGAGUUCUUCUAUGAGAAACUGGACAGAAAGAUCCCAUCCAGAACCACCAAUGCAGAGCUGCUGGGACAGUAUAUGCAGGAUGCUGCAAAGGAAUUUGGGCCAGGAACUCCAUAUGGUAGUACUUUGAUCACUGUUGGAGAGUAUCAGAGGAGAUUGGGUGGAGCAGAGCGGGAAUUCCUACAGACGUCAGCCAUCAACUUCCUCACACCUCUGAGGAACUUUCUAGAGGGUGACUGGAAAACCAUUUCCAAAGAGAGAAAGCUACUUGAGAACCGGCGUCUUGACCUGGAUGUUUGCAAAGCUCGGCUCAAGAAAGCAAAGUUAGCAGAGGCAAAGGCUGCUGCAGAGCACGAGUUGCGUGUGGCUCAGACUGAGUUUGACAGACAGGCAGAGGUCACACGCCUCCUAUUGGAGGGCAUCAGCAGCACACAUGUGAACCACUUGCGCUGUCUGCAUGAGUUUGUGGAGGCCCAGGCUGCUUAUUACACACAGUGUCACAAGCACAUGCAGGAUCUUCAGAAAGAGCUGAGCAGUGCGAACGGAGAUACGUUUCCUAACGCUUUUGCUGUGAACGCCUCCACGUCAGGGGUGUCAGCAGACCCUUCUCCCCUUUCCACUGCCACCCUACCUGGGACUUCUCCACCUAGUCGUUCCCCAAACCCCUCCAAUGCCCUUGAGUCCAGCACGCUGAAGAUUGAGGAGGUGAAGCCUCCCGCCACUGGCACUCGCAAGGCCAAAGUGCUGUAUGACUAUGAUGCUGCAGAUACAAGUGAACUUUCCCUUCUCGCUGAUGAGCUUAUUACGGUGUACACGGUGCCCGGCAUGGACCCGGACUGGCUUAUUGGAGAGCGAGGCAACCAGAAAGGCAAAGUGCCUGUCACAUACCUGGAGCUCCUAAGCUAGACGCAGCCUCCUCUUCACAAAUACAGAGUCACACUGAAUUAUGCAUGAACAAGUACUCAAGCACUCAUGAACACUCAGUGAAUUUACCUGGUUUCUUUCUAUUUAGUUUUUUCCCCCGUAAUACCUAGAUUCACAUCUAGGUCUGUCCAUGUUACUGUGCAUAUAUAUGUAUUAUUGUUUUUUAGGCCCUAGUUAUGUUCUGUGUAUGUUGUUUCAUUUGAACACUAUCCUGCAUAAGGCUUUUUCUUUAAGUAACUGAUUUUAUUUCCUUUAUGGUCCUGUGACUGCUAGAUUUUUCUGAAGUCUUUCUUACCCUCCAAGUGAAGACAACAAACUGAAAAGCUUUUGUGUUGGAGCUGGAUCUGAGUGUGUGUGUGUGUGUGUGUGUGUGUGUGCGUGCAUGUGUGAUCAUGAAGACACUAAACAUUUAGACUUUGCUUCUUUGUGUGUCGUCUCGCUCAUCAUGCUUGUAUGUUUAUAUGGUGGUCUUGGAUUGAUAUCAGUUUGAUUCCAAAUGAGGCAUUUAUGGUAUUAGGUGCAGUUAUGAUGUACAGUAUGUGGUUAACUGUGAUCUGUUCAUAUUCAAAAUACUGAUUUCUUUACCUCCAGUAGUACUUAUUCACAUCCAUAUCCGCUCAGUCAGCACCUUCCCACUUUUGUCUUUGUGUUCUGUGCUUGUUCCAAAUAGCGAUGCAUGUUGAAUGAAUACAAUAUAAAUAUAUAAUAAAGAGAGAUUU